AUGCAGAAAAUCGUUGAAAACAUGACAUUGCUGCCUGAUUACACCAUGCUAAGAUCAAAGAUUUCAAAGGGAUUUCCCUUUAUAAAUGCAGACGAGUGGAAAUCGUGGUGUCUGGUAUACUCUCCAGUGGUUCUACAAGGCGUACUACCAAAGCAAAAGUUUGAGAAUUGGAUGUUUUUUGUGAAUGCCUGCCGUUUCCUUACCAAGCCAAAUGUUUCCAAAGAUGAUAUACAGUCAGCACACAUAGCACUUGAGAAGUUUGGUAAAGAUUGUGAAAGGCUGUAUAGCAAGGAUCUGUUAUCUCCAAACAUGCAUCUCCAUCUUCAUCUUCGCAACACAAUCAAGGACUUAGGGCCUGUUUAUGGGUACUGGCUCUUUAGUUUCGAGCGAUACAACAGUGUUCUAAAGAAUAUCAAUACCAACAGAAGGAGCGGCUUUGAAAUGACAUACAUGAAAACAUUCAUUGAAGAUACCCGUAAAGGCGAUUUUGUUUGCAAUUUCUUGAAGACAUCUGGUCCAUUCAAUUUCUCCGGCAUCUUUGAUAAAUUGGUAACUGGUUAUAGUCCUGCUGAUUCUACAACUAGCACCGCCUUGUACAAUUGGUUCUCUCUACCAGACUUUCUUGAUGCUGCCGAAAAUCCAAACUUGUCAAUUCGUGGAUAUUACCAAGCUGUUUACAAUGAUCCCACCAUCUCCAGUUGCAAAGAUGUGAUUCAAGAUACAGCUUUCGUCAAUGACUGGAUCGAAAUGCUCAAAUCCGUCAACCUCCUUGGCCAGACAUUCAAGGGAAGUAGAGGUACAAAUGGAAGAGGAUCAUAUAUACAAGCAAUGUUUAUAGAAGGUCGAAACGGAGCAAAGUAUGCGUAUGUCGGAGAGAUUCAGUACCUAUUUGUUCAUUCAUUUAGUCCACUUGUUUCUACUCCACAUCACAGAACACCCCAAAGUAGCCAACAUACAUUUGCUUAUGUAAAAUGGUACAAGGCUUCCAAGGAGACAAGUAGAAAAAUUGCAGGCGUAGAAAUAUGGGAUGUCGCGUUUUCUUUGCCUGACUUUCAAAGCAUCUUGCCAGUGCACCAAAUUCUCCUUCCUGUUGCAAUUGUUGACCAUACGACAUUACAAAAUAUCAGCAAAAAACUUAUUGUUUCUUUGUCUAGAAAACUUUACUUUUAA